AUGAUGAUGCCAUUGAGAAACGCCGACACCGUGGUACUGCUUACCGCUGGUGCCGCGCAUGCACACUAUGCCAGCAUGGGACUGGACGGUGUCAGCUGCUAUAUCUAUAACGGCAUCAAAGGCACCCCAGACGGCCAUAUGAUAAUACGCAACAGCAACGGCACCUGGGUUGACCAUGACGACGCCGGCAACCACACCGUCAACAUGACGAGCGUGGUUACUGCUCUAAUGCGCGCCGGCGGAUAG